CUUACAAUUUACUAGUGAGAUUUUGAUGGAGUUGGUAGAUGAGUAAUGUGUCAGAGGAAAAAGAAGGGAACUUGCUUCGUAAUGUCAAAGCAUUCUACACUAAAGGAAGCUUCAAGUCUGAGUCCCAGAAACGCGAGGUAGAUUCUCCAGAAAAUGCAGAGAAGACCCAGUCUCAUGAGGUUGUUUCUCCGGAUCGGGGGAAACGACGUCGAGUCAAAAGCAAGAGAUAUUCCGGGUUCCAGAUAGAGUCCCUGAAGCGAAAUGAGCUGCAAAAUGACAAACGGUCUUUGAAGAACUCCCCUCUCAAAUAUUCUUCAGGAAACACUGUUAAAGCUUGUCCUAAAAGCAGAAAACAGCAAAAAGUCUGCCAAAGCCUUGAACUAGUGGAACCCAAAAUAUUCAAUAAGAGGCAGCAACGAAUCUUGACGGUCCCUCUUGAUCGCAUGUUAGAGUAUCCAGAUUUUGAAACUGCGUCCACAACUUUGGGUGCCCAGAAAACUGCGAAGACAGAGAAAGCGCCCAAAAAUUGUUCCUUGCCUGGAAGUCUCAUCACUAGGAUAUCACCUGCAGUUUGUAAAGACUUAAAAGGGCCGUCUGUGCCCUUAUCAAAUUCCAAGGACAAGAAAAUUCCAAAGAAUCCGACCAAGAUGAAACGAAAACACGCAUUAUGUGGUAUCUUCGAUGACAUAUGGGGUACGAAAACUAGCGAAGCAGCUGAAAAACCUCAAAUCAACGGAUUUAAACAAAUGUUGAAUGAUGCAUUCAACAAAGCGCCCCAAGUUUUAACUGACCAUUCGUCUUUUCAUACCACAAACGAGAAUCAAACCGAGACCCUCAAAAAAGAGGAUUACUCAUUUUAUGGUGAAUCUUCUGAACCAACUCAAGCUAAUUUGGUUCCCGUUGAAACCAAGCUCUUAGAUUGCCCCUUUCCGGAGGUCAUGAACUCAUCUUAUGAAGUGCCUUUUCCCGAAGACCUAGUCAUGAACUCUGAUAUACAACCAUCUCAUGAAAUCCCUUUUCCGGAAGUCAUGAACUCUGACAUACACCCAUCUUAUGAAGUGCCUUUUCCGGAAGUCAUGAACUCUAGCUCUGAUAUACACCCAUCUUAUGAAGUGCCUUUUCCGGAAGUCAUGAACUCUAGCUCUGAUAUACACCCAUCUUAUGAAGUGCCUUUUCCGGAAGUCAUGAACUCUAGCUCUGAUAUACAAUCAUCUUACGAAGUGCCUUUUCCGGAAGUCAUGAACUCUAGCUCUGAUAUACACCCAUCUCAUGAAGUGGAGAUAAAGACUGAAAGUUCGUGUCCGUUUGACUUUGUGGACGAUGACCGUCCUGCCUCUUGGCUCCACUCUGUUCAAUCAAGGUGUGCUGCUCAAUCUAAACUAGUGUCACUUCAACUCUUUAUCAAGAAAACCUUUAUACCGGUUACCGCGCUGACGGAGCACAGGAAGAAGCGGAAACAGCGGUGCAGAAAACGGAAAGCCCCGUGUCACGUGACAGAUGCUGACGACGAGGACUCAGAUGGGCCGUCCUCCUCAAUACCCAGACCCUGUACUGUCCUAUCCGGACCUCUGAAACUGAUGACGUUGGAAGAUCUGUGGAUUCAGAAAGAGUUUUAUCUGCGGUAUUUGUGUAAUUAUUAUCAUGUCAGCAGUGAGGGAUGUAAGGGUUGGCUGAUCAGCAGACUGCAUCAGUUUAUCUUGCAAAGUGUGGGGAGCAGUUUCUUGUCCAAACACAAAACUUUUAAAUUAUUUCGAACCCCCCAACAACGUCCAAACCGAAAUAUUUCCUGGGUAAAACUUACUGUAGAGCGCAAAACCAAACUUUUAGAUGAAUAGUUUUUUACUUUUCUAGUAAUUAAUUAAAUAAUGUCCUUCUCAGCUUUUAAAAUUGAUAGUCAUAGGUUUUUAAAAUUCUCAGAUUGAGGUUUUUGAUUUAUUUUCUUAAAUGUAGUUCAAUAGUCUCUUAGUGUGUAAUUUGAUAAAAUCAAAAAUUUUCCCAGUAAAGCACAGUCGAUAAUAAAUAGCGCAAUGUUUCAUUUUCCAUCGCAACUUAAACUCUAAUAACUGUGGAUCGGAAUCCAUUUCAUUUAAUCAUUCGACAUUUUAUAUCAAGACGAGUAUUCUUGUGCUACUGUCUAAUUGAGUUUGAUAGUCAA